UGCUGGCCUUCCAUGGACUAAACUAACAACCAUAGCUGAACAAGUGUAUAAUUCAAUGCUAUAAAUGAUCACCAUGGAUUAGCAUGUACAGUGGUAUAUGUAAUAACUCUCUUCUUCAUUGUUUUCUGUUUCUGUUUCUCUCUCUUCCUUUCUCUGCCUACUGUCUUGGGUUUGUGGUAGCAUGCUUUGCAACUGCAGGAAGUUCAGAUCUGCAUUUUGCUCAUCGAGAUGGAGAAAACAACCGAGGACUUUGGAUGGUAGGACAAUCUGAAAAAAGUCAGUUGCAGAAAGAGGCAAAGAGCCACAAGAACAGCUAAUGAAACCUGGAGAACACAACACGACAUUCCGUGGAAGAAAAAGGAGCAAAGAAACAUACUCAGGCUGAAGAUUUUCCUGGACAGCUAACUUCCAACAUAUGGAGAUAUAAAUAAGGGAGUACUAAGGAAGCUGGCUUUUUUUAAUGGUCUGUAUUUGCUGUUUACGGUUUGUACUUUGCUGGACAUUUUAUCACUUUUACCUGAACAUUACGCCAGUGCUAAAAAGCCACACCUGCACCCUGACAAACAAAUCUUUGUUUUGUUUAUGGAUUACUUAAAAAGAAUGCCACGUCGACACUUGGAAACCCUUGAUCACACUGUGCGGAUUGAAUUACAUAGCUGACGAGCUACCCACAUUCGGUAUGGACAUUUACAAAACUAUUUAUGUGAUAAAAAUAUGGAACUUGAGCAUGAAACCAAGUACUAAAAAGAACUUCAAAUAUUUCCUCACAAUCACACUGUAAUGCAUGUGCUGUUACUCACUGUAGAAAAUGGAUAUCUCUGUUGGAUCUACUCAUGUGCCUGAAUACUCUGCCUAUCAAUCAGAAUCUGCCCCGAGAGAUGGAAUUCGAGAAUCUUCAAAAUGUUCUGAAGAGCAAAACCAAAGUCAGUCACACGCAGUCCCAGCACAGUCUGCUGUUAAGUUCAAAAUCCGCUCUGCUAAGGAGAGACAGCAGUCGCUCACCAAAGCUAGUAGUUUUACGUCUACAUGUGAGACACAAAAAGCAAACAGAAGCGUCAAAGAGUGUAGAGAAGAGAUGCCCAGAGACCACACUCUUUCACCUCCAUCUCCAGAUACUGAUAUGACUGACAAAAGAAGACCAAAACUUCUGAAUCAGCUCAGCUUCACAAAAAAAGCAGAAAUGUCCAUCAGCUCUGAAACGAGCAGUACCUCUCAAAAGAAGCCAGAUUGUGUUGAGAGUCCCAGCACUAAUGUGACGGGAAGAACAGAGUGGAGACAAGCAUAUGUGGCAAACAGAAGUAAGAGCUUAGACUGGAGAGGAUCAACAAAUGAAGGAGGACAGAAGAAUCAGAUGGAAGUUAUCAGAAAUACUAAGGACCUUGAGGGGAGAUCCAUACAACGCUCUGAGAGUUUAGUGGCAAAUGAAGCAGCCAAUAGACCAAACUCUAAUGAAAUGGCCCGCCCAUUAAAGAGAGUAUCAUUACAAAUGCAACCAUUCAAAGGAACUGGUCAAAGAAAGCAGGACAGCAAUGGACUUAUUGCCUCAGCAGUAUCUGGAACUUCACCUGUAAGAACGGUGGCUCUUGCCCAGUCGUUCCCAUCCAGACUAAAAGCAAGUCAAAGCCAGGACAGCACAGAGGGAAGAAAAGGUCCCUGGCAUACUGGACAUAGUGGUACCAAGCCAGAUCAGGCAGAGCACCAUCUCAGAUCUCCAGUCACUGCAUCAAAGGUCAAUGAGAUCACUGGGAACCACAGUGUAAUGGGCAGAGAUGGUCAUAAUGUAUUAGAGGAUAAUAGUGAAGCAAGUUCAAGAGUUAUCACCUCUGCCACUUUUUCCAGUGUCCAUGACACUGAUUCAAAUUUAAAUCGCAAUAAUCCCACUAACAGGUCAUUGGAUGAACCCCCAUCCGUUUCUUCUUUCAGUAAAAUGAAGAGAGUUUCAUAUAAACCAGAAAAGUGUGGUACCUUUCCAAAAACAUCCUUCAAAAAGGAACAAAUGAACUUUACUACCUUGCCAGACACUUCAUUUGUUUUACCCAGUGGAAAAGAUAACUUGGUUACAAUGUCAACACGGUCUAAAGAGAAACCCCUUAGCCAAGAUUCGAUAUCUUUGGUCUCUAACAAUAGUAUGUGCAAUGAGAGAAGACUGACUGGGCACUCUACAGGACUAGGAACUCAUUCUUUAGACAGAUCAAGAACCAGACAUUUUACAGCUCCAAUUUCAUAUUCAGCCUAUGGGCUGAGCAAUAGCAAUAAUAUCCAAAAAAGCACUGUGAAAGAAAUAGAGAGUCAAGUAGAAACAAUGACUAGUAAUUCAAAACAGACAAAAGGAAUGGAGACAAUUCCAGGAAAACAACCACAUAGCUCACAGGAAGGAGUAAUUCUGCAGACCAAACCUCAAUCAUCCCAAACUAUGACAGCAGACAGUGAAAAACAUCAUCAAGAACAUGGGGUUGGUUUGGAGUGCGGCUCCUCUGGAAAUCCAAGCAAGAAGAGUGAGGACUUGUUAGAGAAUGUCCAAGAACCAUCCUUGGUUUCAGUGCGAAACACAAUUCACAAAUUUGAGGCGCUUGCUCUGCAAAGCCAGAGUUCAUCACGGAUUCAGCAUCCCAGAAGGGCUUUUUCAGUUACAGAAAAGCCAACAGUGGUGGCCAGUGUGACUAAGACAUAUUCACAAAGGUCAUUAGGUAUAAGGUUGGAUAACUGGAAUAGAGAAUGCUUGAGAGAGAAUCUUUUCAGUACGAGCGAAGUCAGCAAUGAGCCACUGAAUAUGCAUGAUCUAAGUGGGCCUGUCCAGAUCACAACACAAGAUAAAGAAGGGUCAGCAGUGAAAACCCAAAGUAGAGGAACUAAAAGUCAGGAGCCUGGAGUUGUGCAGACUUUGAAACUACCAGAUGAAUCUCCAUCUGACCAGAAGAAUGAGGCUAAGUUUACUAUGAUGAAUAAAGACACGGAUGAGCCAGAUUUCUCCAAAGGCAGUAAUCCUAAAUCUUUUCAAAAGCUUAAAAACAUUCAUUUAACUGAAGAAAAAGUUAGGAAUUAUGUCAGUUCUGCAAUGUCCCACAACUUCCAGAAGCCGAAUGGGAUCACUAAUGUAUCCCACUCUGAUCUUAAGGACUUCUCUCCAAAAUCAGAGAGCAAAUCUUCAUCUACCAAAGACAAAGCAUUUCUAAUGUCAGAAAGCACCCCUGUGUUACCACAUUCAGAUUCAUCUACCGCAGUAAAGUCAACACUGUUAACAGGCAACAGUGCUUAUUCUAAAUCACCAUCCAAUCUCCCGAGUGACUCAGUAGUAAUCCCUCCUAUCCAAGUCUUCUCUUCAGCAUCAGGUGAUCUCAGCAACACAAUAAAAGAUGAAAAAGUAGCUGCAAAAGUUAUUAGGUGGAUUAUGCAUAAAGGGGUUGAUGAUGAGAAUGGCGAAGACGAUGACGACGACGAUGAAGACGACGAGGGAACAGAGAGAGGAUAUGACUCUGACUCAGGGGAAUCAUCAGUAACCAUCACAAGCAACAUGAGCAAUAGAAGUUUUUCUAUGAGCCUUGUUGAGCUGCGCAGUCUCGGUGGGCUGGAGGACGAGAACUGGAUGUCCAAGCGUACAUUGUCCAUGAGCUCAGACGUUUCUGCCCUGUCCUCUGUGACACUGUUAGACAUGGAUGAGCUGGAGUGCUUAUUGAAUGAUGUCAGGGGUUUGGAUGAUGAUGAUGCCUUAGAGGACUAUGAGGAUAUGCAUGUGGUUGUCCUACAUAAGGAGGCAGGAAUUGGACUUGGCUUCACUGUGGCUGGAGGAGUGGAUCAAAAUAAACCUAUGACUGUUCACAAGGUGCUACGCAGUGGUAUAGCAGCCCAGGAGGGCUCCAUCCGUGUAGGUGACCAGGUGUUGUCUAUUAAUGGCACUGCUCUACAUAACUCCACCCACAAGGAGGCGCUGAACACUAUGAGAAAAGCAAGGGGGCGCCCCAUGGCAGUGGUUGUCAUCAGACGAGGUGAUGUCACUGAAACAUGCUAUAGCACCAAAGACAGUCCACAGAAAGCAGCUGCGAACCCAGGUAGCAGAGUGCGAGUGACUUUAAAUAAGUCCAGCUCUGACCUGGGCUUCAGUCUGGAGGGAGGAGUGGGCUCCAUCUUAGGAGACAAACCCCUCACUGUUCAGAGGCUCUUUCAGGGUGGACCAGUCGGAAAGGUUUUCCCGGGAGAUGAACUCUUGGAGAUUGAAGGUCAGCGUUUGGAGGGUUUGAGACGGCUCGAGGUCUGGCACCUGAUCAAGAGGUUGCCCCCUGGCCCUGUGGAGGUCUUACUGCAACGUCCUCACCAGUUAUACUGACAGCAUCUCCUUUGUCACCACUUCAAAUAUAGACUUAAGUGCUGUAUUCAGAGUUGAGUUAAGUGUGCAGAGUUAUGAGUUAAUAACAGAAUUGCACACACUAGUAUUCAGACCUCAGAAUUACCUUCAGACUUAAGUGCUACUCGGACAGUGAGUGAGCAUGGUUGCCAAAAACAAAGGCAUGUCAAAGUUGUUCACGAUUCUGACCUUAAAUGUAAGUGAAUUUUUGUUGCAAGAUAUCCAGUGAAGAGUUCUAUUAUAACCCACACCAUAGCGUGCUGUCUGAUGUAACCACUAUAUUUUUGACAGUAAUGUUUGAGCUAAUGUAAAUACACACAAAACGAUGCUGAACUGCAGGCAGUUUCAACAGUAAGCACCUGCAUAGCAGAAGUGUGAAUAUGUAUAAUGUUCUGUGUAAAUAUUGACAUAACUUUCGAGUUUCUGAAGUCGCUACACACAGCCCUACGAGAAGAAAAUAUAUUAGCUCUAUAACAAGUUUGUAUUAAGCUUGUUAUACAAUUACCGAUUGGUUUCUGACUAAUCUUUCAGUCCUAUGUGUAUCGAAUGCACUGUUCCUAAAAGGAUUAAGUCAUUUUGGAAUAUUAAAAAUGUAAUCAUAUUUCUAUAUACACAUACAAUGGCAUGAUGGCAUGCGUCCAGAGGAUUACAAUAUAUAUAGCAUACAGUACAUCAUGUUUAAAAUAACUACAGUGGGUAUAAAAAGUCGACACACCCCUGUUAAAAUGGCAGGUUUGUGUGAUGUAAAACGAGAAACAUUCUCAGAACCUAUUCUACCUAAAAUUUAGAACCUAUUCUAAAUUUUAACCUAAAACAAUAUGAAUCAUUUUAGGGGGAAAACAAUAAAAAAUAAAAAAAACUUCCAAUGCCCAGCUUGCAUAAGUGUGUACACCCUUUUAUAAUUGGGAAAGUGGCAGUGUUCUGAAUGAACCAAUCCUAUUCAAACUCAUGUUAAAUACUAAUUAGUAUACACCUGCCAUCAGUUAAAGUGACUGAUUAAUCCCAAAUAAAGUAUAGCUGUUCCUGUAAGAUUUUCCUGACAUCUUCUUGGUGACUUCCAACUGGGAAAGCCAUGGGCCACAAAGAGAUCAAAGCAGGUACUGGAUCUCAUUGUUGGAAAAUAUCAAUCAGGAGAGGGUUAGAAAACAAUUUCCAAGGCAUUAGAUACACUAUGGAACACUGUAAAGACAAUAAUCAGCAAGUGGAGAAAACAUGACAUGACAGUGACACUAUUAAGAACAGGCUGUCCCUCUAAAAUUGAUGAGAAGAUCAGGAGAAAACUGGUCAUGGAGGCUGCCAAGAGACCUACAGAGACAUUAAAAGAAUUGCAGCAGUUUCUGGAAAGUACUGGUUGCUCCGUACAUGUGACAACAAUCUCCCGAAUUCUUCAUAUCUCUGGACUUUUUUAACCAAAAAAUAAAUAAAAAAUACAUCAAAUCUCCCCAAAUCAUGUGGAAUAAUGUGUUAUGGUCUAAUGAGACCAAAGUUUUACUUUUUGCCACAAUACCAAAAUAUAUGUUUGGCACAAAAAACAACAACAACAACAAAAAUAGAACACCAUCCCCACGGGGAAGCAUGGUGGUGGCAGCAUCAUACUUUAGAGCUGUUUUUCUUCAGCUGAAACUGGGGCUUUAAUCAGGGUGGAGGGAAUAAUGAAUAGCUCCAAAUACAAAUUUAAGACUUCUGCUACAGCACUUAAGAUGAAGAAGAAUUUCACUUUUCGGCAUGACAAGGAACCAAAGGAAAUCUCCAGAUCGACAAACGAAUGGCUUCACUAAAACAAGUUCAAGUUUUUGGAAUGGCCUGGCUAGAGUCCAGAUCUAAAUCUAAUGUAAAUCUGUGUGGUGACUUGAAGAGGUCUGUGCACAGGAGAUACCCAGCCAAUCUGACAGAAUUAGAAUGCUUUUACAAGGAAGGACUCAAGAUGUUCCAAACUGAUUGACUCUUACCCCAAAAGAUUGAAUGCUGUGAUAAAAUCUAAAGGUACUUCGACUAAGUAUUAGUUUUUGGGUGUGCACACAGGUUAUUGUACAUUUUUUAUUUUUUCCGCCUUAUUGUUUUUCACUUUAAUUAAUAGGUUCAAAUUUCACAAAAAGGUAUAAAAGGUUCUGACAUGAUUUAUUUUGGUUUCCUUUUUUUUUUUUCAUCACAAAAAUCUGACAUUUUAACAGGGUUGUGUACACUUUUUAUAUCCACUGUAAGUCCUAGUUUACAGUGUGGCCUAGGUCUUAUGUCUUAUAUUAUGCUUAUAAAAUGCUUAUAUUUAACAUUCUUAUUAAAUAUUAAACUUAAAUUGUCCUUUAUAUAAUGACUAUCAUAUCUAUUAUAUGACAGGCUGUUUUGAUCUCAUAAUGAGAAUUAAUAAAUAACUAUAUUGCACUGCAAUGUUCUUGGAAACAUUUUACAGCAGACAAUUGCUAAUACAGAUUACUACACAAUCCCCUUUGAUCAGAAUUUUGGCUGUCAUUUCCUCAUAUUUACAUCAAGAUCUACAACUAAACAGCUUAAAACAUGGCACGUUUGGUAGCAGACCACCCAAUUUUUAGGUGAGGAAAAGUAUAGGAACAGAUAGUCUUAAUGUAAGUUAAAGUAAAUAACACUUAAUAUUUGGUCACAUAUCCCUUGCUUGCAAUAACUGCAUCAAACCGGUGAUCCACUGACAUCACCAGACUGUUGCUUUUUUAUUUUGUAUUGCUUUUCCAGGCUUUUACAGAGGACUGUAUGUCUCAGUGGAUAUCAGCAGUGCUGCAUAAAAUAUACAAUAGUUUAAAAUUGUAUUAAAAUUAAAGAUACUUUGAUUCUAGUUCAUCCCCAGAUCUCUCUAAAGCUGCUGGUGCUUCCAUACGUCCAUUCCUCACUUCCAUUAAGCCGCCUUAAAAGUUUCUACAUUUUGUUCUGUUAUAACCUGGAAUUCAAAAGGACUUAAUUGUUUUUUUGGGGGUUUUUUAACCUAACAUUCAAAGGUGCAAAAUAUUUUUUAUUGUGACACAAAGGUUACUUAAACAAAAAAGCAGACAUUUGUUGAUUUCAUAAGUAUUGACGACUAUGGGGCAUUACUUGGUAGAGCCUACUUUUACAAUUGCAGUUGCAAGUCUUCUGGCAUAUGUCUCUCCCAGAUUGGUGGGAGAUCGUUAUGAACAGCAAUUUUGAAGUCUUGCUACAGAUUCUUAGAUGGAUAUGGAUUGAGGUCUGGGGCAGUGUUGCCAACACUUAUAAAUAAGCAACUACAACUUCAAAAACAAGCCCAAUAUAAUUCUAGCCUGUUAUGGCCUCAGCAACAUAUUAAACUGAAACCACUUUUUUGAGUUUGAAAAGCAAGAACAAUUUAUUUAACAAAAAAUCAUCAAACUGUAACUGAUCACCUGCGAACAAGCAACCAUAUUUUUUAAAACAAGCCCAAAAAAUGAAACCCACGACCAGUGUUUUUUUUUUUUUUUUUUUUUUCAAGCAACGUCAAAAAAAAAAAAGUAGCCGAAAGUCACAUAUUAUAAGCGGACUUGGCAACUCUGGUCUGGGGCAUUCUAAUUCAGGUUCUUUGUUUUGAACCACUUCAGGGUAGCUUUGGCAGUAAGGCAGGGCUUUGUACAUACAAAGGUAAAUGUAAGGAAAUGCUUUGAGACUGACAUUGAAGGCGGAAUAUCUUUAUAUAGACAGGUUACCAACAUAUGCUAAUGGUCCCCUAAACCCUAAAAGUCAAUUUGCUGAGAUGGAAUAAAGCAUUUUUGUCAAAAAUUGAACUUUACUGGGGAAUAAAAUACAUGCGCUGUA